AUGAAGGGAACAUUCAUCCUCUCCGGUCUUUUGGCCUCCACAGUUUCUGCUCACAUGCAGCUGAGCAAGCCCUAUCCCAUCCGCAGCCCCCUGAACAAGGACGCCAAGGGCCAGAAGGACUACUCAUAUACCAACCCCCUAUCAAGCUCCGGCAGCGACUACCCUUGCAAAGGCUACGCUAAGGAUGACUUCGAGGCUGUCGACACAUGGGCCCCUGGUUCAUCCCAAGAGAUGACCCUUGAGGGCAGCGCCACCCACGAUGGUGGUUCAUGCCAACUUUCCCUGACCUACGAUCUGGGUAAGACCUUCAAGGUCAUUGAAUCCAUUGAGGGCGACUGCCCCAUUGCCAAGAAGUACCAGUUCGACAUCCCCUCCGACGCCCCGGCUGGUGAUGCCCUCUUCGCCUGGACCUGGUUUAACAAGGUCGGCAACCGUGAGAUGUACAUGAACUGCGCUAUGAUCACCAUUGGCGGCGGCGAGCGCACUGCCAAUGCUACCACCGACUCCGAGGAGAGGGCCGUUCCCAAACACAUGCUCGAGAUGGCCGCUGAUGACAAGAAGCCCGUGGCCAAGGCCAUGGAGGAGGAAGCCACCAAGGCCAAGAAUGCUCCUAUGCCCAAUGACGAUAGCACGCCUAUGGCCGAGAGCAUGCCUAAGGAUCAGACCAAGCCCAAGGGCCACACCAAGCAGACCAAGGCCGCCGACAGUUUCGACAGCCUCCCCGACCUCUUCGUCGCCAACGUCGACCAGGCUGGCAAGUGUGUCACCAUCGAGGGCGAGGCCGUCCACUUCCCCAAGCCCGGUCCUAACCUCAUCGGCAAGGCUGAUAGCAAGGGCUACAAGUGCGAGGGCAACGCCCCCUUCCUCGACACCGACAACAACACCACCAAGAACUCGACCAGCCCUGCAAGCUCUACCAGCUCUACCAACACUGCCAGCACUACCAGCACUGCCAGCUCUACCAGCACUGACAAGAAUAUGUCCAAGAUUGCCUCUGCUUUCGGUACCUCCACUGCCACCGCUGCCCGUACCCUCAACACCGAGGCCUCCACCAACAACCUGUUCAGCAACUACGUCGGCCGCUGGUCUUGCACCUCCGGCGAAAUACUCUGCUCCCCCGAUGGUAUGUCCUUCGCCCUGUGCAACUACGGCCGCCCCGUCUUCAUGGGCUCUGUCGCUGCUGGUACGUGGUGCCGUGGCGGUGCUAUCAGUGCCAGGUGGUAA